UUUAAACAUGGGUCGUCGACCAGCAAGAUGCUACCGCUAUUGUAAAAAUAAGCCGUAUCCCAAAUCCCGGUUUUGCCGUGGUGUUCCAGACCCGAAAAUUCGUAUAUUUGAUUUGGGCAGGAAAAAAGCUACGGUUGAAGACUUUCCUCUUUGUGUUCAUUUGGUAUCUGAUGAAUAUGAACAACUUAGUAGCGAAGCCUUGGAAGCCGGACGUAUUUGCUGCAACAAAUACUUGGUUAAGUUCUGUGGAAAGGAUCAAUUUCAUAUUCGAAUGCGUCUGCACCCAUUCCACGUUAUUCGUAUCAACAAAAUGUUGUCGUGUGCUGGAGCCGAUAGGCUCCAAACCGGAAUGAGAGGCGCUUUUGGUAAACCGCAGGGUACCGUUGCUCGUGUGCGUAUUGGGCAACCGAUUAUGUCUGUUCGUUCAAGUGAUCGAUACAAGGCCCAAGUUAUUGAAGCAUUGCGACGUGCCAAGUUUAAGUUCCCAGGUCGUCAGAAGAUUUAUGUUUCAAAGAAGUGGGGAUUCACCAAGUACGACCGAGAGCGCUAUGAAGAGCUCCGCGAUGAUAAUCGUCUCGCUCCCGAUGGUUGCAAUGUCAAAUACCGACCCGAGCACGGUCCAAUGGCUGCUUGGGAAAAAGCUCAGCGUGAAGUUUAUGGUUAAACGUUAAAACGUAAUUUGAAACAAUAAACGAAGAACAGACAUUCUAUCUGUCAAGAUUA